UGUAGAAAACGCCAUGAAAGCAGUACAAAUGAAAGGAUCAGUAUUUUCCGUUGAACAACUAUGCUCCCCUGAAGAAGUAUUAGACUUCGAAAGAAGACUGAAGGAUAAUUGCGAACUGAAAAACAAACUGAUUCAACGUAUAAAAGCACAACCCCAUGACGAUAUAAGGAAAUUUGUUCAAGAAAAUCUAAAACUAGUUUUCCAGACGGACGAAAUUAUCACACGAUUUUCAUGGAAUAGUGCCAACAGAAAUAUACCUGUAAAAGAUAUGCAUUACAUCAAGCUUAUAAGAGGUUUGUAUUCGCUAUUUAAGAUUAUGGAUAAGUUAGAUUACAUGUACAUAUGUAUGUACUUUAAUUGUUAUAUAGAUACAGCAAUAGAUCAUAUCCCGGGCACUGCUGCAAGUACGAUAGAAUUUCAUAUUAAGAAUUUCUUUAAUUCGGCUAAAGACCGCCAAAACAAACGAAAAAGAAAAGCAGAAUCGAAAAAAUCUCAAUCGGACAAAUCUGAAUCGGAAAAAUCUGAAUCGUAAAAAAUUUAAAUAGUCCUGUGUAUUAUAUUGUUUUUAUUAUACAGGGACUCAAAAAAUUAAUUGUACACUUCUAAUAUUUGAAAAUAAACUCCAAAAAAAUACUAGGGGUGUACGGAUUUUUUUUUUUGGUCACUGUACACGACACAAAUUAUUGAAAGACUGAAUUAAUUUUAUUUUUAUUUUAAAAAGAUACAUUGAAUUACAAAAAUUAUAUAUGUAUAUAAUAACAACAAAUAAUUGAAUUAUCUGUUAUCUGUUCAACUAAUAAAUAUAAAUAAUAUAAAUAAUAAUAAAUUGUUUGUUUUUUAAAUAAAUAUGUGUUUUUUUUUCAUUUUUAAUUGGUGUGACGAUUUUUUCGAUAUUUCUUCCGAAUUCUGAACGAUUUCUUUCAGAAAAUCGGAACUUUCUCCCGAAUUCUGAGCGUUUUUUU